AUGGAGCCGAGCGGCCGAGAACGGGGCAGCCCCGUACCGGGGCGAGCCCGCGCCGCUUCCCUGCUGGGUUUCUCCCCGCUUUGGCCCAAGCUGGCCGUACCCAGCGCGGCCCCCGCCGCCCCCGGGCCGGCCCAGGCCAGCCCGUCCUUCUCGUGGCUGCGCCUCGCCUCGCAGCUCCUCUCGCCGCUGCCCGCCCUCCUUCACCGCCUCCGGCCCGGCCCGGCUCUCAGCAGCGCCCUGUGCCCCGCCAGCGGCUCUCCCCCGCCGCCGGAGCCUCUCGCUUCGCUCCGCCGGGCCGAGGAGAAGGGCGGCAGUACAGCCAAGAGCCUCCUGCCCCGGCCGCUGAGCUCCGAGCCCCCCGGCGAGGCCUGGAGGGGCGGCGGGGGGCUGCCCGAGGUGGAGCUGCUCCGGAGCAAGCGGCUCGAGUUCCUCCAGCAGCGGCUCCUCGUCGUGCCCGAGCCCGACCACGGCUACCACAGCCUGGAGGAGGAGCAGCAGCAGCACAAGGGAGCCACCGGGGAGCCGUGGAAGCCCGAGGAGCAGGAGGCGGCCAGGGGCUCCCCUGCCCCGAAAGGGGAGCUCGAGGGGGGAGCUUUGGCCGCAGAGGACGGUGAGGAGUCCGAGCGAAACCUUCGAGUUUCAGCCAGGCCUGCUUGUGCUAAUAAGUUAAUAGACUAUAUCCUAGGGGGGACCUCCAGCGGGGAGGAGAGUGCGGGUGAUGAUGAGGAGGAAGACUGGGAUGAUGAUGAUGAUGAUGAUGGGUUUGACAGCGAAGGGCUCCUCUCGGAUUCAGACAACGGGAGCCAGAGCGGGGAAAGGUUGCACCUCUGGAAUUCCUUCUUCAGCCUGGAUCCUUACAACCCGCAGAACUUCACGGCCACCAUUCAGACAUCUUCCAGCAGUCCAGGGAAGGAUAUGCACUGUGGGUCAGAUGUGGAGGAGGAGGAGGAUGAGGAUGAGGAGGAUUCUUCAUGGGCAGACUCAUCUUCAGGCUCUCCUCACCUCAGUUCUGAAGAGCAUGACGAGUGGGAGUGUAGCAGCGUGGAUGAGGCAGAAAACUUGAAACUUUGGAACUCAUUCUGUACCUCAGACGAUCCUUAUAAUCCUUUAAAUUUCAAGGCACCUUUCCAAACAGCAGAGAAGAAAGGGAAGCCUGGCUCAAAAGGAACAGAGGGGCCGAGUUUGGGCGCUUCCGAGCAUAGUCACUUAACUGUCUGUCGGGUACAGCUGGAAAAACAUAACUGUGGGGUCACAGACUUGGUGCGGCAUGGCAUUCUUUUGGGUGAGAAAUGUACAAGUACCAAGCGGAAAAAGGUAACCUUCCUUGAAAAAGUUACUGAGUAUUACGUCAGCAGCGAGGAGGAUCGGAAAGGACCCUGGGAAGAGCUGGCCCGAGAUGGCUGCAGGUUCCAGAAACGUAUCCAAGAAACAGAAGAAGCCAUAGGGUACUGCUUCACCCCAGAGCACAGACAGAGAGUCCUGAAUAGACUCCGAGAAACCUCCUUCGAGGGGGUUGAUCUCUUCUAGCACCUUAAAAGACCCGGUAGUUGUGUGUGACCCGAAGCACUCAUGAAGAUCUUCAGACCGAGAAGUGGCAGCUGCGUGUGCUUUUUUGAAAUGGGGGGAAAAGUGGGAUUUGAACUCUUUUUUUCCCAGUUUAAUAUUCAGCCAACGAAUAUACCUGUGUGUAUCCCAUUUUUGAUAUCCAAACAAAACCUUUUGAGUAUCAGCAGGAGUGGGGGCGGUAUAAUUGCAUUCCUCUUCAGUACCAUUUGAGAAACGGACUGCUUUAGGUUAAAUCCAUUCCAAAAUUGCCUUGUCUGCCGUGCGUUGAGAAGUGGUGGCUAUUCAGUUGGAAUUUUGCACUUUGAAAAAGCAAACAUAUUUUGAAGGAAAUAUUUAUGGAGCUCAGAACCUAGUCAUUGCAGUUUUGAUUUAAAGUCUGUAAAGGCCUGUGCUGUUUGUUCGUGGCUCUCCGUUUUCUCUAACCCACACAGAAGCCUCCGAUUUUGUUAGCUCGUGUUAGCUUCACUGCACAUAGCGGAUGCUGUUUUGCUGCCUUUUUAAGGUCCCGCUUUGGCGUGCAGUCUAAUUGUUUGCGUGUUGAUGUGACGCUUCGAUGUCGUAAUAUUUCAGUCUAGCACACUGGGGGAUUCAGGGGAGCUCUGGUGCACUCUCAGCCCUUUGGUUUGUCUUUAUUUAAGUAAAACCUUUACCCAGUACUGUUCCAAAGGGCGUUGGCUGCUUGUGCACCAAGGCGCUUUGCUUUCAGGGCAGUGAAAGGCCUCGUCCUGCUCGAUAAUUGAAGCUUCAAGGUACAUAUCCAAGCUGUGGCUGACGGUCUGAGCUGAGAUAGCUGCGUGUGUGCAACCAGGCCGUUGGGCUUUAGGUAACCUCAGAGCAACUUCACCCUAAUUGAUCCUGCUCCCGAUUGAAGUGGGGCGUUCUUUGUAUUUAUCUGGUGUGUGGAAGGAGAGUUAUCCUUCUGGAAAUGUAAGACCACAGAGUGCUGCGUUCUUUACCAGAAGCCAGUAUUAAUACCUUACCUCUCUGCAUCCGCACUUUCGUUCAUUUGGUACCAAAAUAACAUUUCACGUCCGGGAGCUGAAAGUUGAGGUCCGCGGUGGAAGGAAAACACUCCUCAUCUGUGUUGUAUUUGUGCCUAACUUAAAAUCUUUAAUUGUUUCAGGCAAAAUAAAAGAGCAGCACAGUCCGGGCAUGCAUUUGGACCUGGAAGAUGUUGUAUGGCUGUAACCCAAGCAGGCGUGAGGUCAUGCAGUGGAAUAAAUACCAGCCAGACCUAAAGGAUUCCUAUCUGUCUGCAGAAAAUAGCCUGAGUAAAUGAUUUGCUAUUUUGUUCAUUCAGCUGACGAGGAGUGCCUCUGUUUUUCUAAGGAAGAGACCUAGAAACACUUGAGAUUUGUUGUCUCGUUGUUCAAGUUUGAAUUCAAAAGAAGUUGUGGAUGCGUGGAGAAAAGAGCUUCAAGCUUUACGGAGUUUUCCGCUUCGUCUUGCCGUGCUUCUGGCGAUUUUAAUUGUCUCAAAUUUCAGAGCUUUGGGGUUUACACUUUUUCCAUAAAGUUUGUUCUUUGGAUUUAAAAAUUACCUUUCUCUGCCAUGUGCUGGAAGUGUUAAUUACGAAAUUAAGAGAGUUAACUGAGAUACAGUAGAGUUGUCACAGAAAAUACGGCUGAAACCCGGGCAGCCUCAUGGAUUGGCUGAUUAAAAGCCGUGCUACAAUGUUAUUUUAAUCCCUGUGGAAUAA